GACUCUACUUUAUCUAUCUGCUGCUUUCUUCUCUCUGGAUGUAAAUGUGACGUUAAACCGAACAGACCUGCUGGCUUCACUCAGGAUGACUCUGUUAAUGUUAAACUCUAACAGCGAGCUGCUGAACACCAUCGACUAAAGCGCCUGAAUGUGUCGGCCGUGAGCUGCGUGGACAUGGGGAGACAUUUCCACAGUGAGGUGGACAUUAAGAGUCCGUGGCAUCAGGUGCUGGCCGCCUUCUGGCAGCGCUACCCCAACCCGUACAGCGCUCACGUCCUCACCGAGGACGUCCUGUACCGAGAGGUCACCCCCAACAACCACCUGUUGUCACGGCGACUGCUGACCAAGACCAACCGGCUGCCGGGCUGGGCGGAGCGCGUCUUCCCCGCUCACAUGGCGCGGGCCGUCUACGUCCUGGAGGACUCCAUCGUCGACCCGCACGAGCACACGCUCACCACCAAGACCUGGAACCUGAACCACAACACGCUGAUGACGGUGGUGGAGCGCUGCUUGUUUGAGGAGGACCGCAGUCGUCCAUCUUGGACCAAACUGAGGCGGGAGGCCUGGAUCUUCUCGGCGGUCUACGGUCUGGCCCGGCCCAUUCAGGAGUUUGGUCUCGCCAGGUUCAGAAGUAACCAAACCAAAGCCAUGAAGGGUCUGGAGUACGCUCUGUCCAAGAUACACACUGAGGCCACCCCUCAUCUCGCUCCAACGCCCCCCUCUACCCAGAAGCCCAAGCAGUUCGUCUGACCUUCUUCUUCUUCUACGAUUGGAAUAAUCAACACUGAGGGGGCGGGGCAUCAAGCCAACCUCAGCUGUGAUUGGUCGCUUUGUGAAGUCAUCAGAGGACCCCUCCUCUGGACUACAAUCAGUCCCACAAUUCCUUGGGACUGAUUUAAACCGUCUUCCUAAAUUCUUUAUUCCUCUUCUAGAUGAUUCUGUAAUAUUUAAUUGUUUUAAAAAGAUUAUAAUUAUAAUCUGAAUUUAGGAUUUUUUUCCUUCUUUAUGAUUUAAGUUUUUUAAUAUUAUCAAGUUAUUUAUUUAUUUUUUAAAUCAUUUUAUAUUUUUAUAUAAAUAUAGUUGUUUUCAUUUUUAAUUAUUAUUUUUCAUUUUGUAAGCUUUCCAAUUGGAACUCUUAUUGCCUGCUUAAAUUAAUUUAUAUUAAUUACAUUAUAUUUGAUGUAUCUGUAGCCAAUCAGAACAUGAUGCAUUAUGGGAAUCGUAUUAUUUAUGUACAUGAAUGUUGCAUCAGAUGAGAUCUGAGGUCAGUUUAGAGUUAGUUUGUAGCACCGGCGUCCGGUAGUGGUCAGCUGGGUGACCAAAACAUUGUACUUCCUGUGGCUGUUUCAAAAUAAAAGCCCCCCUAUGUCUGUCCAGCAGAGGGCGACGUCAUAAGAAACCAAUGUGACAGUCGGUAGCAGA